UAGUUUGAGAGGAGAGUGGGGCCUAACCCCGAUGCCACUCGUGCUGACGAGAAUUUUUUCAGGAGAUUUAAGUUAGCCUUUUUUAGGAGUUUGGCCUCCUCUUCCUCCUCCUCCUCCUCUGUGAGAGACGGAGAGGGAGAGGUGAACGAUGAACGUUCCGGUGUGUGAGGGUGAACAGUUGGGCUCGAUAGAAGGCAGCUAUUACAGCCUUUCGCAUGGCAUCCUACCUCCACUUGGCGCGAGGAGCAACCGCCGAGUCAAGCUCAAGAACUUCAUCAUCUCCCCAUAUGAUCGUCAUUACAGAGCCUGGGAAAUUUUUCUUAUCCUUUUGGUUGUCUACUCUGCUUGGGUGUCACCAUUUGAGUUUGGAUUCCUGAAUGAAGCCAAGGGACACCUUGCGGUGUUUGAUAAUGUUGUCAAUGCCUUCUUCGCAGUCGAUAUCGUCAUGACCUUCUUUGUUGCUUACAUCGAUAGGGAUACAUACUUGCUUAUCGACGAUCAUCAAAAGAUUGCUCGGAAAUACUUGCUGUCUUGGUUUAUUCUGGAUUUCAUCUCCACUAUACCAUUAGAACUUGGUCGACUGCUCUCACCACGAAGCCUCCGAUCUUAUGGGUUCUUCAACAUGCUUAGACUGUGGCGGCUUCGAAGAGUUAGUGCUCUAUUUGCCAGGUUGGAGAAAGACAGAAAAUUCAGCUACUUUUGGGUCCGCUGCUUGAAGCUUAUCUGUGUAACUUUGUUUGCAGUUCAUUGUGCUGGCUGUUUCUAUUAUCUCCUUGCAGCAAGGUACCCUGACCCUGCAAAAACAUGGAUUGGAGCUUCGUGGCCAGAUUUUAAAGCAGAAAGCUUGUGGGUCCGCUAUGUGACAUCAGUGUAUUGGUCAAUUACCACACUGACUACCGUUGGAUACGGUGACCUGCAUCCUGAAAAUGAAAGAGAGAUGAUAUUUGAUAUCACUUACAUGUUGUUCAAUCUUGGAUUGACUGCAUAUUUGAUUGGUAACAUGACUAAUUUGGUAGUCCAUGGUACCAGCCGUACAAGGAAAUUUAGAGAUACAAUUCAAGCAGCUUCAAGUUUUGCAAUACGAAAUCAGUUGCCUAUUCGGUUGCAAGAGCAAAUGCUCGCACAUUUGUGUCUAAAGUACAGAACUCACUCAGAGGGACUGCAACAGCAAGAAACUCUAGAGUCUCUUCCGAAAGCCAUCCAUUCCAGCAUUACCCACUAUCUGUUCUAUGCUCUGGUUGACAAAGUUUAUCUGUUUCGAGGGGUUUCAACUGAUUUGAUUUUUCAGUUGGUCUCUGAAAUGAAAGCUGAAUAUUUUCCACCAAAGGAAGAUGUGAUCUUGCAAAAUGAAGCACCCACGGACUUUUAUAUUCUGGUGACUGGCACCGUGGAUCUUAUUAUGUACAAGAAUGGAUCUGAGCAGAUUGUUGGCAAUGCAUGUGCUGGAGAUGUUAUUGGAGAAAUAGGAGUUUUAUGUUACAGGCCUCAAUUAUUCACAGUUCGUACAAGGAGACUUUGCCAGCUUUUACGGUUGAAUCGUACCACGUUCCUGAAUAUAGUUCAGUCUAAUGCUGGAGAUGGAACAAUAAUCUUACGUAAUUUUUUGCAGCACUUGAAAGAAAGUGAUGAUCCAGUGAUGCAAGGAGUUUUAGCAGAGACUGAGAAUAUGCUAAGGAGAGGAAAAUUGAAUUUGCCUCUUAACCUUUGUUUUGCUGCUCAAAGAGGAGACGUCUCACUGUUGAAACAAUUAUUACAGCGUGGCUUAGACCCAAAUGAACCUGACAUUAGUGGGAAAACAGCACUGCAUAUAGCAGCAGCUGAAGGAAAUGGAAAAUUUGUUCAGCUUUUGAUUGAUCACGGUGCAGACGUUAACAGCAAAGAUUUGGAAGGAAAUGUGCCAUUAUGGGAAUCAAUAGUUUCAGGACAUGAUGCAGUGAGCAAGCUGUUAUGUGAAAACGGUGCAAGUCUUCAAUCAGGGGACAUGGCCAACUUCGUUUGUGUUGCUGCCGAGCGCAGCAGUAUUCAGAUGCUGAAGGACAUAGUUCAUUAUGGUGGUGAUGUAACAAUUGCAAGGGGCGAUGGGACAACUGCACUUCAUGUUGCUGUCUGUGAAGGGAAUGCUGAUGUUGUCAAGUUUCUUGUAGACCAUGGUGCUGAUAUUGAGAAGCUGGAUCAACAAGGUUGGACCCCAGUUGCGUUGGCAGAGCAGCAGUGCCAUGAAGAGAUAAGAACUCUGUUCAACUCCAUAGGAGGGUGCCGUCUUAAAAAGACAGGCUCUGAUUCUCAUUUAUGGGCACCAAAGUUGGCUCCUCCACCGCUGAAGAAUGUCAACAGUAUGCCUAAUCCACUCUUUGUCCGUCCUUCAGUAACAGUUGAUCAGCAUAGGCGGGAACCAGACAAAUUCCGGAACUCACUCUUCGGUAUCCUCUCUUUGACACAUGAUUUUGGUAAACAAAUGGGCCCGGUGUCUCUUGAAGACCAGACGAAUGGCAAAAUAGGUGACCAGGUAAUCUCUAAGAGGGUGACGAUUCAUAGUCUCCAAACGGGACAAGAGGGCGGAAAGCUUAUUCGGCUGCCUGGUACCAUGGAAGAGCUACUUUGUAUUGGUGCCGAGAAGUUUGGUUUUUUGCCUAUGCGGGUCCUAACUGAAGAUAAAGCUGAUAUUGAUGACAUAAGCUUAAUAAGGGAUGGAGAUCGUUUGUUUCUAGUCGAAGAUGCAAAGUCAUCUGUUUCUAAAGAAGGGACAAGGGAGUUGUAACUUUUAUCUGCCAAUCUUUGAAGGCCACAGUUGAGAUAGGUUUGCUUCAACAGGCUGCUCAAAGGAUGACAUGAAUAUUGGACAAAGUAGAUUCCAGAGUUAAUUCACCACUCUGUUGGUCUUGGGUCUCUUGGUUGUUGGAUGUCCUCAGUCAUGAAGAGGGGCUACUGUGAUCAUAGUUGAUUGGUUGUGUAUUCGGAUGUCUUUGUAUUAAAAAAAGGCUGUCACCGUUGCUAGCGGCUUCUGAAUCUCUUUUAUAGGUUGGACAUGUUGUAUGCACCACAUUUCCAGCUUAAGGAAAUUGCUAAAUACUAUAACUUCAAUGGCCUCUCAAUGGUGUACAUUUCCAGUGAAAGCAUCAAAUAUGCAAAUUCCAGAAAAUUUUUUAAUUUUCAA